AUGUGUGGCCAGCGGAGAACUGACCACCAAUUUCGGAGGCAAGCUGCUUCACAUGACAAAGCCGACGGGAAGCAAGGACCUCUUAGGCUUCCUAUGUUCGGAUUCAAUGUCAGUUCAAAGUUUGAUCGUGUAAAAGUGUCUGAUUAUGGCUGCAGGGGAGGGACCACUCUUGAUCGUGGAGUGGAGGAUAUUCAAGUUCCAUCGUCAGGGUCUCUUGAGUAG